AUGACGUCCAAAACUAUUUUAUUUGCGUGUCUGUUGUUUGUCUCUGCUAUUGUUAUUGCGUCAGUGGUGGCCGAAGGAACUCAAGAGCAGCAUGGGACAGUUGAAGUUGAGAAUGGAAACUCAGUAGAAGAAUCAAAGCAACGUUGUCGCUUCGGAUGCUGCGGCUUUCAUCCCAUUAGUCGUCGUUGCAUCAGCUGUUGUCCUCGUCGACCUGCAGAAGUGCAGGUCACCGAAAACCAAAAUGUUGAAAAUGAAAAUCCAGUAGAAGAAUCAAAACAGCGUUGCCGUUACGGAUGUUGUCGCUUUGAUGGUCGUCGUUGCGUUAGAUGCUGUCGUGGUCCUGCAGAAGUGGAGGCCACCCUCCAAAACCAAAAUGAGAACACAGUAGAAGAGAGUGAAGUGGAGACGAACGGAUUGAUAGGCGGCGGAAAGGGAGGAGGCAAAGGUGGCAAAGGAGGUUAUAAAGGCGGGAAAGGAGGCAAAGGGAAAGGUGGGAAGUGA